UUUGUCCCUCGCUGCUCUCCGUAGUCUCACAUGACUUCCUCUCCGUGUGACUGGCCUGAAGUUUACAGGCGGCUCAAYCUGAUAAACUGCGUCUUCCUCAUAUAAACAAACUUGAGUUUGGAAACUUAGUUUCCUUUUUMUUUUUAAAGUUUGUAGUUAAAACAGCAGGUCAGAGUCGAAGCUGGAAUUUGUUUUUGAACUAAGUUUUUCCGCAGUGCAGAAACACAUGGAUACAGUGUAACUUAUGGCUGAUCUCAUGCUGCUGGACACAAGAAGGUGUGUUUAUUUCUUCCUCUAUGAUGGCUCUAAGGUCAGAGGAGAAGGUGACCCCACAAGACAGGGAAUCUGCUACUUUUACCCCGAGGAGACCCCUUUAGAUAAGCAGGACCUGCUGUGUGGUCAGCUGGCAGGCGUGGCCCGUUGUGUGUCGGAGCUGUCCUCCUCGCCUGUGCGCACACUCACACUGCGGCGCUGCAAGUUUGCCAUCCACACCAAGGAGGACCUCUUCUGGGCUCUGGGCUGCUCCAUGGACGUCCCUACUGUCAGCGUCUGUGAGCUCCUGGAGCACCUCAUCAACAUUUUCUGUUUCUAUAACGGCUCAGUUCGACAGAGCUACCAGUCCCAGAAGUCUAAAGAGGCGAGCACCUCCAGCCCACUGGGUGGCGCUGUCAGCUCUACAGCCGUGUUCCUGACAGCGUCUGAGCUUCAGUACCUGCAGUCAGCUCCUGUCAACAAAGACCUGGGCUCUCAGACUGCCCCGCACAAAAAGGAUCCCCCAAAGAAGACUCGCCUCUCCAGAACUUUAUCAGACACGCCCUCCAGUGAUUCGGAGACGCCUCUUCAGUCGCCUUUCAGGCCUCACCUGUCAGAAUCACAUGACUCUUUGUUCAGCCCAGCUUCGUCACAGAGCGCCGAGUCAGCCAACCCUUCACCUCGAUCGGCGAGGACUCCUCUUUCUAACGGGAGGGACUCUGGUGAAGCUGAGGAGGAGGUGCAGGAAGGGUCUUAUCGGGGCAGUUUUCAGAACGAGGAAGAUGAAGGCAGCCAUGGAGACAGCUCGGUGUUUACAGAAACCCACCGUGUUAAUGGAGAUGGAGGCGCUGCCUGCGGGGCAGAUGGUGACCACAGAGGGGCUGACUCUGAGAAGAAGCUGGCGGGAGAUCCUGGAGUCUGCUGUAGGAAAGGCCUCAAGGCCGAGACGAGACACCCUCCUCCUCUCACUUUUGACGGCUUAGAGGAGAGUCCGCUGGUCCCCAUGACGCUGUAUAUGUACCGGGUGAACGGCUUGGUGCUGGCUCUGCUGGUGGAGCCUCCGUUCACCAGCGACACCAACUCUAUGAAGGAAGUGAAUCAGAGCAGCCUGGCGUCGCUGAACGGACUCGAGGCUCAUCUCAGGGCGGUGGCUCCAGUGGCCCCGGGUGCUCUGGGACAAUCCAUGUUUGCUCAUUAUGACUGCAUUCAGAGCACUCUGAAAACCAACGUGUCUGGCCGAUCAGUGGGGGGCCCGGAGCACCUCUUUGUUCGAGCCACAUCACUCCUCCACUCGCAUUUCUGUGACACUGAAACUCUGCAGGAGGCUAUUAUCAGGAACGGGAGCAUUGCCGUGUACGGGACCCGCAGCGUGGCGCAGGAGACGUACUUCCUGCAACACGGCGGAGCYCAGAGGAACUCCGGCAUCCCCAACCAACAGGACAGUGCCUUCUCCCUGCCCAGCAAGGCCCGCCACAAGCUGCUGAAGCAUGGAGUCAACCUGCUGUGAACCUGACAGAACUUUAAAACCGGUUCUAACAGCUUUCUGUCCCUUUCUGCUGCUCAGGUUUGCUAUAUAUAUAAUAGUUGUGCAACUUUACUGCCCCCUCUCACUACUUUUUUAUUAUUGCCUGCAACUAAAAGAAAAUUUGUGAGAUGGUGGUUGUGCCUGGAUAAGUCAUGAACCAUGUACUUUGACAUUUUGUUUUUGUUUAAACGGUGCCGUUCUUAUAAGUAGCUCCGGCAGAGUCACCACUGCUUCAUGUCGAGUUUCACUUUACACAUAUUUUCUUCACUGGUACUUUCUGUUCCACAGUUCAGAUGGAAGGAACAGUUUCUGAGUUUUUGACYCGACUGAAAAUGUUUGCUGUACAGUUGUUGGUUUAAUAUGCACAUUUAUCAGGAAAAAUGUUGAAGGAAUGUUCAUAUAAACUGUAACCUGUCUGAGUCCUGCUCCAUUUAAAUGUGAUCAAGUUUUAAGUUGUGUGAAGAUUAAACUACUGUUUCAGA